AUGCGAGCCGGACCAAUCGGCACGGAACUGGACAUCUUACGAGGUCCCACGAUUGGAAGCUCGGGACGUGGAAUUUUCAGCAUCGUAGCGUUGCAGGAGGUUUGCUGGAUAGGCGCGGAAGAGGUACGAGAGUACAAAAGAUUGGGUUGCAGAAUCUACCAGAGCCGCGGCAAGAAAAAGAGGCUCGGGACAGCCUUUAUAGUGUUGGGCGAAAUGCUCGAUCGUGUGAUUGGGUGGACCCCGAUCACCGACCGAAUGUGCGUGUUGAGGGUUAAGGGCCGUUUCUUCAACAUCAGCAUCAUAAACGUGCACAGCCCGCACUCAGGAAGCGAAGAUGACGAGAAGGACGUUGGCCAGGAGGAGGAAUUCAGACCGGUGAUAGGAAAGUUUAGCGCCCACGUACGCACGAACGAAAACGGCCUGCGACUGAUCGACUUCGCCACCUCCAAAAAUAUGGCCGUACGAAGUACCUGCUUCCAGCAUAACCUCCGAGAUAAGUACACCUGGAGAUCGCCACAAGGAACGGAAUCGCAAAUCGACCACGUCGUAAUCGACGGUAGACACUUCUCCGACAUCAUCGACGUCAGGACCUAUCGCGGCGCCAACGUCGACUCGGACCACUAUCUGGUGAUGGUGAAAAUGCGCCAACGACUUUCCCUGGCGAAAAGCGUUCGGUACCGCCGCCCUCCGCGGCUGGAUCUGGAGCGGCUUAAGUUACCGGAAGUCGCAUCCCGGUACGCGCAUUCGCUGGAGGCUGCGUUGCCAGGGAGGGCAGCCAUCACCAACGCAGCGGAAAGCACCAUCGGAUUUGUGGAACGAGGACGACGGAACGAUUGGUUCGACGAGGAGUGUCGAGCGAUUUUGGAGGAGAAGAAUGCAGCACGGAGGGCAAUGCUGCAGUAUAAUCUCCGUGAUUACGAAGAGGCGUAUGGACAGAAGCGAAGGCAGCAGCACCAGCUCUUCCGGGAGAAAGUGCGCCACCACGAAGAGUUGGAAUUCGAGGACAUGGAGCAGCUGCAUCGCUCAAACGAGACGCGCAAGUUCUACAAAAAACUCAACGGAUCCCGCCAAGGCUUCACGCCGCGAGUCGAAAUGUGCCGGGAUAAAGAUGGAGUGAUAUUGACGGACGAGCGCGAGGUGAUCGACAGGUGGAAGCAGCACUUCGAUGAACACCUGAAUGGCACAGAAGCAGAGGCAGGGGUCCAAGACGGCAGAAGAGAGGACUACAUCGGUGCAGCAGGAGAAGGUGUGGAGCCAGUUCCCACGCUGAGGGAAGGGGACAAGUUAGAUUGUGAGAACUACCGUGCCAUCACAAUACUCAACGCGGCCUACAAAGUGUUUUCCCAGAUCCUCUUCAGCCGUCUAUCGCCGAUAGCAGAGGAUUUUGUUGGAAGCUAUCAAGCCGGAUUCGUCGUGGGGAGAUCGACGACCGACCAAAUCUUCACUGUGCGACAAAUCCUCCAAAAGUGUCGCGAGUACCAAGUCCCCACGCACCACCUAUUCAUCGACUUCAAAGCCGCGUACGACUCAGUCGAUCGCGAAGAGCUAUGGAAAAUAAUGGACGAAAACGGCUUUCCCGGGAAGCUGAUAAGACUGACCAGAAUGACGAUGGAUGGUUCUAGGUGUUGUGUGAAGAUAUCGGGUGCGGAAUCGGACUCGUUUCCUUCACUCGGGGGGCUUCGGCAAGGCGAUGGGAUUUCUUGCCUCUGUUUCAAUGUGGCACUGGAAGGUGUUUUGAGACGAGCGGGCUUCAAUAUGCGGGGCACGAUCUUCAGCAAGUCCAACCAAUUCAUCUGCUACGCCGACGAUAUGGACAUUGUCGGCAGAACGCUCAAGGCGGUUGCUGAUGCGUACACCGGCUUGAAGCGGGUAGCAGAAAAGUGUUCCAUCUACAAGUCGCUGAUAAGACCGGUCGUCCUCUACGGGCACGAGACGUGGACAAUGCUCGAGGAGGAUCUACGAGCGCUAAGCGUAUUCGAACGUCGAGUGCUCAGGACCAUCUUCGGCGGCGUAUUUGGGAACGACGGAUGGCGGCGGAGAAUGAACCACGAGCUUGCGCAGCUCUACAACGAACCAAGCAUCCGGAAGGUCGCGAAGGCUGGACGGUUGCAGUGGGCGGGUCAUGUUGCUAGGAUGCCGGAGCGACCCGAGCAAUUGAGCCAGCGGAACCAGAGGAUCAACCCUGCGAAGUUGGUGUUUGUGUCGGAGCCGGUAGGAACAAGACGUAGGGGGGUGCAACGCGCGAGGUGGGUGGACCAAGUGGAGAACGAUUUGGAGAGAGUGAGUGCCCCGCAAAACUGGAGACAAGCAGCCAUGGACCGAGCUUGUUGGCGGAGAAUCGUGCAGCAGGCCAAGCUAAUGGUGUAG